AUGGUGUCUCUCUCUACAACUCUCAGACAGCUUUCUCAUUUUCCACCAUUUGUUAAACAAUAUAACCCAAGAAAUAACAAUGCCUUGUUCAAACUUAUAACACAUAACUCAACAAACUCAUUUUGGUCCAAACGAGGAGGGUCCGUGGCUCACUGGAAACGCACGUUCGUGGCAGUUCAAUGUGCACAGGAUAAUGUCGAAAGCUCCUGGAAAAUACCCUUGUCGGAGGUUGUGGUGGUGGGAAAGAAGAGGGAAUUUUGGGAAAGGAGUUGGACUUCUUGGGACGUUGGCAAGUUAGUCGUAGUCGGUGGGGUUCAUUUGCUGAGCCUCCUGGCUCCAUUUCAUUUCAAUUGGGCAGCUUUUCGGGUUUUCCCUUGGCUCGUUUACAUCAAUGGAGUCUGCAUCACCUUGUCUUAUCAUAGGAACCUUUCUCACCGAAGUUUCGAUCUGCCGAAAUGGCUUGAGUAUCUAUUUGCUUAUGGUGGCCUUCUGGCUUUUCAGGGAGACCCAAUAGAGUGGGUGAGCAACCAUCGGUACCAUCAUAAGCACUGUGAGACAAAACGUGACCCACACAGCCCGACGCAAGGGUUUUGGUUUAGUCACAUGACUUGGAUAUUUGAUAGCGGUUCUAUCCUCAAAAAGUGUGGUGGACAUGAUAAUGUAGAUGACCUUGUGAGGCAGCCCUUCUAUAGGUUCAUUCAGCGGACGGUCCUUUUGCAUCAGAUGGCUUAUGCCCUUCUCUUCUAUUUUUGGGGAGGCAUGCCCUUCCUUGUCUGGGGAAUUGGUGUUGCAACUGUGGUUCGACUCCACACGACUUUUCUGGUGAACUCAGUUUGCCAUGUAUGGGGAACACGAGCAUGGAACACUUCUGACUUCUCCAAAAACAAUUGGUGGGUGGCGAUUAUAACAUUUGGCGAGGGAUGGCAUAACAAUCAUCAUGCCUUUGAGUUCUCGGCCAGGCAAGGACUUGAGUGGUGGCAGCUCGACGGGACUUGGUAUAUCAUUAGGUUUCUUGAAGCUAUUGGUUUGGCCACCAACGUUAAGUUACCUACUGAAUCUCAAAAGAAGAGAAUGACCUUGGUCUGAUUCUUAAUUUAUGUUUUAGAACUUUUGAUAAUUCUCUCCUACAUUUCCAAACAACGAAAUUAUCUGAAUUGGCUAAUCAAAUCUUUGUCUACAAAGGCUAAUCCUUGUCUGAAUUGGUGUGCCUCCAAGCCGUUCGUAACAUUAUCUGUAUUGGCUAAUCAAAUCUUUGUCUACAAACCUUUGAAAUCUAAAUAAAUAAACUGUUGGGAGGAGAACUCUAUAAUGAUAAUAAUAAUCUUGAAAAAAACCGUUUCGUAAACACUAGAAUUAAUGGAAGAAACUGCUGAGUCACCUUUCACCUACUAUGAAUAAGUAAGAA